ACUUACUCCUAGCUCCAUGGUGAGCGUUAUUAGACAUUACGCACCGAACAUUUCCAACUUUUGAGUUUAUUUCGUUCUUUAUUAUUGAGUAAAAGAGCACUACUGUAAGUUUCUUUACGAAGUGGAACGGUUCGAAACCAUUUAUGUGUAGCAGUAGAAAUAAUUUGAAAAUACUCUGUUUUGUUAUCAUUUGUGGCAGUAGCCGGUAGCGACCUUUGAUCGGAAGAGAAACGUGGUCUUGCAUUGUUUUAUUUGAUAAUUUCCUGGUUUUAUUUGUGUAUUCUGCCUUGACAGAGGUUUGAUUCAAGUCAUCUUUCAUUAUGCCUCCUGCAACUAGUUCUGUUCCCCAAGCUGAUGUUAAAGAAGAAAUAAGUACUUGGUCAAAGAGAAUUGGAAUAAAUGCUGUUUUAUUGGGACCUCCAGGUGCAGGCAAAGGAACACAGGCUCCAAGGUUAAAAAAAGAAUUCUGUGUCUGCCACUUAGCAACAGGGGAUAUGCUUCGUGCUGAAGUAGCUUCUGGGUCUGAUUUGGGUAAAACUUUGAAAAAAGUGAUGGAUGAUGGUAAAUUAGUGAGUGAUGCUCUAGUGGUUGAUUUAAUUGAUAGAAAUCUGGACAAAGAGGAGUGUAAAAAUGGAUUUUUGUUGGAUGGAUUUCCUCGUACAGUUGUCCAAGCUGAGAAACUUGAUGUUCUUCUUGAGAAGAGAAAGUCUAAGUUAGAUUCUGUCAUUGAAUUUGGAAUUGAUGAUUCUUUGCUUGUUCGAAGAAUAACUGGAAGACUUAUACAUCAUCCGAGUGGGAGAUCUUACCAUGAAGAAUUUCAUCCUCCAAAAAAAGAAAUGACAGAUGAUAUAACAGGAGAACCUCUAGUUCGGAGGUCUGAUGACACAGCUGAGGCUUUACAAAAGAGACUAAAUGCAUACCACUUGCUAACAAAACCCCUGGUUGAUUAUUAUCAAAAGCGAAAUAUUCAUACUCGGAUAGAUGCUGCCUUAGAUGCUAAUAAAGUUUUUGAAAGUAUCCGUAGGACAUUUCUUAAUGCCAAAUCCAAGGAUAAAGUUAUGUUUGUAGGGUAAUAUCUUUUUUAAGCAAAGAUAUUCAACAAUUUAAAAUGAUUAUUGUGUUGCAUACUAGUUGGCAUAUAAUUAGAUGAUUUAUAACUUCAAGAUAAUUCAAGUACAAAUGUGUAAUGCUCUAUCAAAAUAUCGUACAACUCGAAUAACUUUAUAUAAUUGAAAAAGAGAAAGCUGUAACUGAUUUAAACUUUUUUACCUAAUGAGAUUACAUUUUAGAAAGUUGCGGGGGCCAAAUUAUAAUUUGAUCUUUUCUAAACUGUUCCAGUAUUUGCGUUUUAAACUGGUUCCUUAAUUCUUGAAAUGUUCAUACGUACCCCAUGUUCUUCCCAUGAUGUGUUGCUGGACUAUUUUUAAAACCUGUUGUUGCAUCAUAAUUUUUCUAAUCAAUUGUAGUUAGUUGCAUGCAAUUGUUUUUACUGAUUUGUAUUUAUUAAUAAAUGAAUUAUGUGCUAUUUUUUUUUAACCCAUUUUGAUCAGUAUUUGUAUAAUUUGACUUAUUUUCCUGAUAUGACUUUGAAAGAUAUUCUUAUCGACCUUCAAUGUUGUUAUCUGAUCUAUCUUUUAAUAUUAAUUGCAGUUUGAGGUGUAUAGUCUAUGCAAAACAUAUCAUGAAAUAAAGUUGACAUGUUUUCA